CUCAAUUGAUUUGUUGGUGCACUUUAUUGUGUAUUAAAUUCAUUCGAUAUUCGAAGUUAUCUGCUUAUCUGAAUUCGGAUGUUUUGCAGUUGAGUAUAUCCCUCCUUCACCUAAAUUAUAUAUUUACCUCAGAGACAACCCUAGUCAAGUGUUAUUCAGAUCGAGAUCUCUCUCGCUCCACUCAAUACGUGAAUUAUUAAAUUUAACAGGGCUACAAAGCUGACAAUUGAGCUCCAAAGGCAUCAUAUCGGAUGGUAUUUGGUCUGGAAAUUCUUCUUAUCCCGUUUCCGUUUCGUCCGUGAGCUCCUCGGUGGAAUGAGUGAAUCCUCAUCAGUACAUGAUCUCAAAAACGGUCGUUCACGCAUAAAAAAACUUCGCAAGGACUGAAAAAACAUCGAAGCCAACUGCAUCCAACGAAUCACGAUAAUCCACUACCCACUGAUUCUCCAAUUACCUAUUUAAAAUGGCGAUAAAUAUUCGUUGCGCGAAUACCAACGAUCUUCUCAAUAUUCAGCACUGCAAUCUCCAGUGCCUGCCCGAGAACUACCAGAUGAAGUAUUAUCUGUACCAUGCCUUAUCGUGGCCACAGUUGAGCUACGUCGCUGAGGACGAGAAGGGAAGAAUUGUUGGGUACGUCCUGGCUAAGAUGGAGGAGGACUGCGAGGACAAUCCUCACGGUCACAUCACGAGUUUAGCUGUCAAGAGGUCGCAUCGGCGUCUAGGAAUUGCUCAGAAACUCAUGAAUCAGGCCUCGAGGGCCAUGGUCGAAUGCUUUGAUGCUAAUUACGUCUCUCUUCAUGUUCGGCGGAGUAAUAGAGCUGCAUUGAACCUGUACACGAGCAGUUUGGGCUUCGAGGUGUCAGAGGUCGAACCCAAGUACUACGCUGAUGGCGAGGAUGCUUAUGCCAUGAAGAGGGACCUCAGCAGCUUCCACAUCGAGAAGCAGAGCAGGAUCAGAGAUGACGCUUGCAAGGGAGUCAAGGAUUCUGCAGUGAAGAAUACUGGAGCUACUCAGCAGCACACACAUACUGGACGAUGCUGCGAUCACUCUUAGGAAGUUUUAAUGAAUUUAAUUAAGAGUGGAGAAGACUUGUGUACGAAUGGGGUUUAUUAAUUUUUAUGGUAAAUUAAGACUUGGAGAGGUGAAGUGAUAAUAAAGAUCUUGUGGGAUUUAA